AUGGACAGUGACGAUGAUAUUUAUGACUGCAUGCUGGAAAGUUCAGUCAAGCUAGUCUAUGAUCGAAUACUUCCAAAGUUAGAAAGACAACUACCGACGAAAAAUUUUUGUAAAGGAGCUUUCAAACUUGGAAUAAUUGAUUACGAUAAAGUACUGACAGCGUCUCAUGAACAUAUUAGUCCGGAUAUUAAUAGGAAAAUAUUGGAAUAUAUCGAUUCUGAACAGUUAGAUGAUAUCAAAGAUUGGCUAUCAAUUAUGUUUGAUGAUGAGAAAUGCCGUCCAAUUGCUUAUGAAUUCAUCAACGAAUUAAGUGAAUGGAAGUUAGAAGAACUUGUAGAAAAUAUAAACAUAAAAGAUGGGUACAUUUUGAUUUCAGACAAGCUUAUUAGCGUAUCCAAGCUUGAUUCAGUGCAAAUGGAUGUGGAUGAACCGGUUAUAAUUGUUCAAGAUUCAAUUAGUCGCAAAAGUUUUCCCAUCAAUAAGGAUCAUUCUGUGGAUGUUCCUAUCCAUGCUGAGGAUAUAAAACAUAAAGUGAAUGUUAGCGUUCCUUUUCCUAUUCAUUAUCGUCCGAUGUCUACAGAAAUAGACAUAUUUCCACUAGUAACCCGCUUUACAGCUAUGGCAAGUGCAUCGUUAGUGAUCAAGACGUGGUUGCAAUUACCAGAUUCUACAAGUGAUCAAGGCAAUAUUAGAGACUGUCAAUUAACAUGCUGGAUUCCACACUACAAGCAAAUAAAGCAACUGUUUUGCAAGUCAGAAAAAUCUGUGCAACAAAAUGAUAAAAUUAUAGUCGCUCGUAGAAUAAACAGCGAUAGCACCAAAUUUACAGAAAUAGGUACUAAAUUUUCUAUUGAUGAAAAUAAAGCAACCGAUGAUGGCGUUGUAGUAAAAUGCAAUUGCAGCUAUCAAUCUGUUAUUAAUUGGUUUUGGAAGAUACCGCAGUGGUUACUCGAUGCUGCAAGAUUAGGGCCAAAGUAUUAUUAUGACUACUUUCGAUAUCCAGUUCAAUACUUUGUUGGCGUUAAGCCAAUGAAGGAUAAACCGGGACAUUUUACUUUAAUAGCCCUUGUAAAGAAUAUACGUUGUCCGUUACCCUCUCGCAUAGGGGAUGAAUUAGAGUUACUUGCUUCAAGUGGCGAUGAAACUAGACUCCUCAGUAGUGGUCGGCUACAAAUCAAUCUUGCAGGAGAUAUUAAACCUCUUAACGGAUUAAUUUGGGUAGAACUAUUAAACAAAAUUGCUUACUUUGAUGGAAUGUAUUCGGUUACGCAAUUUGCUUGUAUGGGUCAUUUUGACGCCGAUAAUGGGAUUUACUCUAAAGGUUCCGUAGAAUUUCGUUAUAUCGAUCCAGGCCCAAAUUGUCAUCCAGAUGCAUCUAACCCUGACUAUAAUGUCGAAAAUGAAUCCGUUGUUGUUGAGUUUAGCUAUGCUAUAGAUCAUGAAAUGACAAGAAAAUAUUCCAUAAUCCGAGGGAAUGUUUCAGAUCCUGAAACGACUGGUAAAGUCGACGCAAGGUCUCCACAACCCGAUCCAUUUACAGACACUCCAAUGCAUAAUUCAAAAGAACUAUCGCAAAAUCUAUCUCUGAUUGAUUCUAUAGAAGAUACCAGACACUUAUGGUAUCAGGAAGACAUGACUAAAGUUAACGCCAUAGUAUUCCUUCAAGAUCAACCUAUCGGCACGUUUGUGGUUAGAAAAAGUACUCGCCAUCAUUGUGAGGCAAUUAGCGUCAAAGUAACCGUUGAUGGUAAUAUAGGACACUUUCUUUUCAAAAACAACUCAAAUGAAUGGUCUAUUGCAGACUUUGAAAGAAAGUUUGUAUCACUGGAAGAUUUGUUGACCCACUAUACUAAUAAUAAGGACAAAGAGUUACAAGUAAAAUUACGAUUUCCACGACCAAUUCAUAGCAAUGCAAAAGUAGAACCAGAGACACAAUCGCUACCUGGAGAGAUUUCCGACUGCACCAUGCAGCAUGUUAGCAUUCAAGACUAUAAUGAAGUAUCGAAUCUUGAGAAAUUCGAGUAUAUCUUGUCUGAUUCAGAAGAAAAUACAGGUUUAUCAAUUGAAUUAUGGUACCAGUUUACAUUAAUCAUUUCGAAAUAG